AUGGGAGUUGGUACUACGAUGACCGAUCUAAUGCUGUUUCGAUGGCAGGCUGAUGGCAAUAAUGGGUUGACUCCGUCUGUUAAGGCGGUGACACGGAAACCAUCUUCCUACGAAACCCCAGAAAUUCCAAUCUCAUAUCAAACGGAUGGGAUUGCACCGAAACAACCCCCUUCAUAUCAAGCCGUUCGUUUUGAUUCACACCAGGAAAGAGGUAAUGAAUCCAUUCCUGAAGAAAGAAAAAGGAUGGCUCCGAACGUGGUGUCAAAUUCGCGCGACGACUUCCUUGCUUUGACAGCAGAGAAAGAGAGACACAGAGUGAGAAGAGAGGGGAGCUUAUUCUCUUCUUCAAAAUUUUUUGGCCUUGUUGAAGGGUUUAAGGCCACAGCUGCCAGUCUGGUUGUUGGAUCUCUUGUUUGGGUGGAAGAUCCUGAUGAAGCUUGGGUCGAUGGCGAAGUUGUGGAGAUAAACAAAGAAGACAUUAAGGUCCUCUGUACGUCUGGACAGACGGUCGCUGUUAAGGCUUCCAAUGUAUACCCUAAAGAUGCUGAUGCCCCUUCAUGUGGAGUGGAUGACAUGACAAAACUGGCUUAUUUACAUGAACCUGGAGUCCUACAGAAUUUAAGAUCAAGAUAUGAUAUGAAUGAAAUUUAUACUUACGUUGGGAAUAUAUUGAUUGCUGUGAACCCUUUUAUGAAGCUACCGCAUCUUUACGAUAGUCACAUGAUGGCCCAGUAUAAGGGGGCGGGCUUUGGUGAGCUGAGUCCACAUCCCUUUGCUGUUGCGGAUAAUUCAUACAGGUAG